AUGAGGGUUUUGAGGUUUAAGUUUCGAGGAGAAGAAAUCAGUUCGGUUGCGAAACAAACAAUUGCAUUCAACUAUUUGCUGGAAGGGCUAAAGAUGGAGGUGGAUCAAGUCGAGAGUAUCAAGAAAAUUGAGUUGCUUAAGUUACGAAGUCUAAGGAAGCUCUGUUUAGUCUUGGAUUUGGAUCAUACUCUUCUGCACACUAAGAAUCUUGCGAAGCUUUCACCCGAGCACAAAUCAGAGAUUAGUCUUUAUCGGGGUGAUGAUAUGUUUACAUGGAAGUUGCCUGGAGAGCCGAUGGUGACUAAGUUGAGGCCUUUUGUUCGACGCUUCUUGCAAGAGGCGAGUGAGAUGUUCCAGCUGUAUGUGUACACUAUGGGGUCACGCGAGUAUGCUCUGCAUAUUGUUGAGGAGUUUCUUGACCCUCAAGGCAUCUAUUUUGGCAAGAGGGUGAUUACGAGGGAGGAUUGUACUGUUAAGGGAGAGAAGGGGCUGGAUGUCGUGCCUAUUGAUCCGAGCAUUGUUCUUGUUUUGGAUGAUACCGAGAGGGUGUGGAAGAGGAAUUCGAAGAAUUUGAUUUUGAUUGACAGGUAUAAGUAUUUUGUGAAAGGGGGAAGAGAUGAAAGUGAGGAAGCAGGGGGUUUGAGGUUUGCGCUUAAAGUGCUUAAGAAGCUGCACUAUGUUUAUUUUGAGUGGUAUGAUCGUUGUAAGGAAGGCGAUGUGAGGGAGCUGGUGCAGAAUCAUUGGGAGGAUUCUAUCAGUGAUGAGGGGCAGCAGGAAGUUGGGACGGAGACUUGUUCAUCUGCUAUGGGAUUUUGGAAGCUUUCAAGGGUAGAGGAAGAAUGUUCAAGGGUUACUAAAAGGCAGAGGAUAUGCUAG